CGCCUCGUAAUGGACUUCGUCGCCGCCGACCUACCCGCGUUCCUCGAUCCACUACUGUCGUUCCUUUCGGACCAGCUUCCAGCGCCAGUAUACUCACUUCUACUGAACAUUCUAUCUCAUUUCCUUGCGCUGGGCUCUGCCUUAUACACGCUUCUGGUUGGGCUCUUAUCAACACAUCCACUUCAAUGGGACGCUCAAAUCGUAUUGCCACCUCUCAUCGCCCUCCUCACCGCCUAUCUGGCGCUUUUGAGCGUAUAUCGAACGACGGCGUGGAUGUUUCGAAUGAGCUUCUUCUUUGUGAAAUGGGGCACGCUCUUUGGUGGUGCCAUUGCGCUUGCGAGCUUAGUGAUGGCGCAGCAAGGCGGGAAUGCUGUUGAUGGAGGAAGAGGGGGGAUAGUAGCGGGCUUGGGAAGCUUCCUUCUCGAUGCCCUCAAUGGCCAAGGCCAGAAUGCAGCAGGGGGACGACGGAAUCGUCAGAAAACCAAGCCUUCGCGAACUAAACGCAAGCCUAAGGCUUGGGAAUCGUGGGAUCAACAUCGCGAGUGGCAGUACCAGGAGAAAGAAGAUCUUGCCAACAACAACCAGGAUGUACUGGGAAACAUCAUGAAACUUGUCGUUGGUGGCAGUUGGGGGAAGGGAGACGAGCCAUCAAAUGCAGACAAAGACAAACAGAAAGGGACUAGUCGGUCGCGGUAA